CAAAACUAUAUGUUUUCUUUAGGCUGGAGAUGUAAUUGUUGUGAGACCGCGUGAGCGCGCACUUAACGAUAGUGCGCGCGGCCCCGGAGUCGCUCGCUCCCACAGACGCACUGAGGCUCCUCACACAGCAGCAGCGCAGGGUUCAACUCACAGGUGCUCCUCUCCGCUGCUGCUCAAACACACACACAUACACACACACACACACACAAGUGUUGAUUUUAUUUUGUUGUAAAAUUAAGAGGUCCGGGUGGAUCACCGGGAGAGGAGCUCAAACACACCGGAGGGAUUCCCGGGAUUUGUACUUGGAGGAUGUGUGGUAUGGACGUGGACUUGGAUGAUGGCGGGUCAGGCGAGGAGGAGAAAGAGGAGGAGUUCUGGGUCGGGGAGGGGGUGAAGAUGCUGCCCCCUCCUGUGGCCCAUAGCGGGGACAGCGCGUGGGGCAGCCGCAGGGGCAGAUGUGGCUGCGUGGCCUGUGGGGCAGCUCUCAUCCUCUGGGACCUGUGUGUCAUCUUAGCCAGCGCUCUGCUCCUGGCUGUGGUCUUCUCCGUGGUGCUGCUGCCUGCAGUGCUGCUGCUGUACGCCGGUUUCCUCUGCCACUCCAGGGUCCUUGACGCCCCCUCUGCCAUCUGCCGUUACCUUGACGACAACAGCUGCUCCGCCCUCAUCAUCCUGGGCUUCGUGAUGAUGUCCCCACUCGUGGUUGUGGCAGCCGCCGUCUUCUGCGGGCUGCUCCGAAGGUUUCGACUCCUGCUCCUCAUUCAGCCGAUCACACGCGCCUGGUACAGAGGGCAGCUGUCGGACUGGGCGAGCAGCGUCCACGCCUGGGUCUGAUCAAGGCGCAGCAGGAGGCACUGAGGGUCGGAUAUGUUAACAGUCAGGGGGAACAGAAAGUGUGAUGUGUGAUGUAAAAUCAACCUGAGAGACAAAGGGGGUAGACAAAAUAACAGGGACACCUGACAAUAUAGUGUGAGAGAUGUUGACUCAACUAGAUGCUACGCCCCCAGGAAGUGCUCCAGGCUUUGAAGCUCAUUCUUGUAGUGGCCAAACAAUGAAAUUACGACUUCCUGGUCCGUCAUGUGAUGCCACAGGGCCCAAAGAGACUAUUUCCCAUAGAGUUACAUUGUAAAAGACAUGCCUAUAAAUUAGUGGCUCCAUUUCACAACACCCUCGAUAAGAUUCAUUUCACCAUCAGAAUUUGAUUCAUUCAGUUUGAUAACAUUUCGAAAGUCUAGAAGAGCUGCACGAUAACAUCAUUUUAUCCCCAUUCCGCUGAGCGCUAAACUGGAAGCUCACGCAAGUCUGUAGUGUGAUUGGGCUCAACAAUGCAGAGGAUCAGAGUACUUUUAUACCUCCGCACUUGAACUUUAUUGACAUCAUGCAUCACUCAGCAACUUUCAUAGGAAUCAUUGGGGCACACCUCCAAUAAUGUAUCCAACUCUCAUAGGCCCAGGCCACAUGUUCAUGGGUAUCUCGGAAAUUUUUUCUCUCUCUCUCUCUCUCUCUCUCUCUCUCUCUCUCUCUCUCUCUCUCUCUCUCCUUUGUUCUUAAAAAAAUCCUGUUCAAACAAGCUCUGUUUAAAUAAAAUCUUCAUCCAAAUGCAAACACAAAAGGCAAUUGAGGCGCCGUCAAUAAAAUGCCAAACAAACAGGCGGCGAUAUAACCCUAACCCAGAAGCCAUGUAGAGAGGUAGAAGAAAGAUAUUGGCCAAACAGAAACCUGAAUAAAAGCUAUUACCAGAAGGCUUUCUGGAGCCGUGACCCCUAUAGCACUUCUGACACCUCUGCUCCCCUGUAUAGUGGAAGACCAACUGUGCAUUUAUGUGUUAGCAUGUUAAAAGCCCUGUUAGCAAGAUGUGAACCAGCACUAUUUCUGUCACGUCUGCCACUGCACAAAAUGGUCAUGUGUGAUGCCCCAUAAAGGAGAAAACGGCACACGCUCUAAUGUUACAAGCCCUAAACUCAGUUUUGCCUGUCUACAUGUCAACACUGAAAUGUUUUGGAAAUCCUCAUCCUGGAAGCAGUUUUAUAGAAGGUCAGUUUUUAGACCUAAAACACUAUUUUGUGUAGACAAAAGGUCAAAACUCAUAGAAACGAGUUCAAAUAUCCGGGUAUGUGGAAAAGGCCUCAAUACAUCCAUGGGUUUUUAUGGACUAUUUUCUGGCUGGAUGUAGUUACUUCCUGGCGUCUCUGGCGUCCUCGCGGUGUUGGCAAGAUUUAGGCCCAAUCCUAAUACCCCCCCUUGUCUACUACCCCUUAGCCCUUGGCCCUACCCCUAGCACUUGCCCACUACCCCUUGGCCCUCAAAAUGAAGCAACGAGGGGUAGGGGUAGGGGAAAUGUUUCCCUAGGAAUUGGGACACCACUCACUACCUCACCACGUCAGUUGCGUUCACGCAUACGUAACUAUUUUAAACAGGAAGCUGCAAGCCAUCUACAUUUCCAACCGGCAUCUACAAUGGAGUUUCCAGUUGAGUUAAUCCUACCAAUUGCAUCUGCAUUAUUCAUCAUGCUUCGUUUGAUGAACGACAGACGACAGGGGACUUCUGCUAGCUAGAUAGCUAGCUAACCAGCUAACAUUAUGAGGCAGCAUGGUUAUACUAGCUGGCAAGUUAUCGUAAUGUGAAAAAUCUGACAGAACAGGACAGAUGACAGACACCAGAUAGUGCGAGCUAGCUAGCUAGCUAACAAGCAACCUGACAACAGCUGUGUAUGAACUUUUCCCCCGUCUCUUGAUCAGUGGUAGCCAUGGCGACGUCUACCCUUCGCUGGCAAGUCAGCAUCUGAAAUCCCUCACUCCGACGGGCUAGUUUCAUACCCACUACCCCUUGUUAUGUCCCCUACCCAUACACGCUAAAAGGAAUUGGGACACCCCUACCCCUCGCGGGUAGCUAAGCUAAUCACCUGCUGGUUCUAUCCUCUAUCCUCAUCGAGACCGAGUUUUGUAGCGUUGUUACUAGGUUGCGAAUUGAUGGUGUCUCCAUUAUUUUGUCUACCCCCUCUACAUUUAAGGUCAUUUUGUGAUUUGUUGAGAACAAGAAAGUACAAUUGUGGUUAUAAAGUCAUUGUAGCAGUUUCCACUUAAGUCUAUUUGUAUUGUUUUAGAAACCACAUACUUUUCUGUGAUUCGUGGCUUGAUGUCUUUUAACCUCACAUACAAACAUUAGAGAAUAUACUCUGCACUCAUUUGAUCCAAAGGAACAAAAUGCAUCUCGGGACAGUCCAGAAAAAAUGCUCAUUAAAUAAUUUUUGUAAAAUGAAGGACAAAUAAAUGCAUAUCAAUACUGCAAUAUCACGGCUGCAUUAACACAAGCAAGACUCAAAGGAAUCGUCAUGUUCUUUAGAUAAGGUAGCAGUUUUAGGACAGUAAUACAUCAUUAUGGUAGUAUUCAGUUACAUUUUGUAUAUAACCAACUAACUUUUUGUGAUUUUGUAUUGCCUGUUUGCUAACUAUUUGGCGUGGUUACAUGUGGGACUUUCUCAGAAGGAUAUUGCUGUGAAGUUAUUUGUGGUUGCACAUUAGAAGUUUAGCAAAAAGUCAAAACACUAUUGCAAACAUUAGAUUCAUUGGGUUUAACUUGGUCCCGUGUGUUGGGCUCAGCUCCCCUGGGGCGCUCAAACAGCAUACAGGGACAUUUGUAUCGUCUGUGCGGUGACUUAAAUGGACGAUGAUGUUUGUUUAUCUGAUGUAGCAUCACUAGCAGUCAUGUUUUGUGGGAGGGAGAGAAAUAUGAAACACAUUUCAUGUAAGUGGAUCUUUUAUUGAGAUCACAUCGUGCCAUAAUAAAACACACCCUUCAUUAUAAAAACAACAACAGUUGACAGUACGACAAAAGUAAUGGCUGUUAAGUGGGAGCCAGGUGUUAAAGUGAGAUUUGAAUCAUCGGAGCAGGAGCUCAUUCUGCUGCCUCUUUGCUUUCUGCUCAUUUAAAUUCAUCAGCGACACACGUGCCGCACAUCCGUUUUAUCUGAGUGUCAGUGCUCUGUAAUUAAGUGUUUGGAUUUCUCAGAAGAAAGCCUUGAAUCAUACUUCAUGAGAGGCAUUUAUUACAUGUCCUGUGCCAAUGUAGUCUUACUGAGAUGUAUUUAUUUUCUAUUUAAACAUAUUUAUUAUGUAAGUCUUAUGUAAGUCCUGUUAUUUAUCUUCCACUGUAUGUUUGUUUACAGAAAUGAAGCCCUGUUAGUUCCAGUAUUUUACGAGAACUAGGAAGGAAAAGGGUCUAUGUAUUUUUUGAGUUGUAUGCUGGCAACAUUACACCUUAACUACAGUAUUUACUGAAAAGCUUACAGCAUUUAUUUAUUGUUCAGCUUUUCAUUUCAGUGUUGUCAACAAAACAGCAGCACACUGUCAUGUUCUGACCUCACAACAAUAAA